AUGUUAUCGCGUGAUUUCACGAAAUCAUUACAAUUGUCGUCUAUUUCAAUUCUGUUACACCACAAUAUUCUUGGAGAAGAAUUUUUCGACAGAGUCAAAGCAGCAUAUACAGAUGAUAAAAGAAUUGCACUACUAUAUUCAACUUUAAUCAAUCUAAAUCAAUCACCAGCAACCACCAAUAUUCACAAAUCAAUCAAGUUUGCCAUCAAGCAAUAUACUGUGAAGGAUGGAUUGUUAUUCUACAAAGGAAUUAAUAAGCUAGGAAACUCAAUACUUCGUUUGGUAAUUCCAACUGCAGAACUUCAGCUAGAAAUCGUUCGUUUGCAUCAUGAUUCACCAACAGCAACUCACUAUGGUGCAUUGAAAAUGUUAGCAGAUUUAUCGGAAUUAUAUUAUUGGCCAAACAUGUUCAACCAAAUCAAACUUUACACUAAAUGGUGCUAUAAGUGUCAAACAAUUAAACCAUCAAACACACAUGAAAAUGGAUUACUACAACCUAUACUUUGGUCUUUUCAAAGUGAUUCAGAAAGUUCCCAAUAA